CGCCAUCUAGCGGAAGUAAACUUGUCAUCGUCAACAAAACAUAGACAAAAUAAUAAAUCUUCUGUGAUAAGUAUGGUUCAUCGUCAACAAUGGAAGACGACAAACGAAGCCUUAAGUUGAAGGCUGGAAAAGAAAAACUUGCCAGUUUUCAAAAGAAAAGAAAGAAAAAGAGGAGCAGCUCUGAAAACGCCAGUGGAGGCGCCGUGAGGUCUGAUGCCCUGUCAGAAUCUGCAGAGGGAUAUCUAUCACCUGAAGAGGGUACAGUUAGCGAUGUACAGUCACCCGUAUCAGAUGGAAGUGAGAAUGAGCUUAGAGAGGGCGACAUUCCUUGUUCCAAGCAGUACACAUUGGAGUCCCCUCAGUUUGUCCUUCACUUGGCAAAGCAGCCUACCAUAAACCAGUCUUCUGGUAAUGAUAGUCAGUCAACUGGAAAUGAAAACCAUUCGGGUGCGGUUGGGUACAAAGUUGGUGAACAUCAGAGUCAGGCUGACGAUAACAAGCACGAAAAUGUUCUUGUAAUAAGUGAGUCUGAAAAUCAAUCUAUUGUUGCUGAACACCAUUCAGAAAACUGUGAAAACCCGUUAAGUAACUGUCAGCUUCUGUUAAUAAACUGUGAAAGCCAGUCCAUUUUAAAUGGAAACCAGUCUGAUGUACCAAACAGUCAAAUAGUUCAAAAUGGGAACCAGUCUGAUUUUGGCAACAACCUGUCUGCAGAAAAUGGAAACCAUUCUGAUGUCACAUCCCCAAAAGAAGGGAACCACAGUUUUAAAAAUGGGAACCAAUCGGGUGUUAGCUCUCCCUUAGAAGGAAGCCAAGACAUUGAUGUUCGGCUGCUUGUCCACCAAGUCCAGUGGUUGAAACUGCAGUUAAUACAGAAUGAUCGAGCCCUGCAGACCCAAGUAAACCAACAGAAGUUCUCAGCAUCUGCCCUGCUUAAGGCGAAACAUGACAUUUCAUCUCUCCAGAGUGUCAUCAGAGAAAAGGAAAAUCUUGUUGCAAAUUUGACUGAUAAACUGACACAAAUAUCCACCGAAUUCAGUUGUUUAAAACAGAACUAUGCAAAAACUAGUGAUUUGAAUCUAAAAUCUAACAAUGACUUCGAACAUUUGAUUGAAAAGCAUGCAAAAGACGUUGAAGAGUUGACUAUUAAACAUGCUGAUGAAAUGACAAAAAUGGAGGCUGAAAUGUCAAGUAAACAGAGUGACAUCACUUUGCUGGAAGAAAAAAUGAAGAAGAUCACAUCUGAAAAUGUUGGUUUGUUUGUUUACAAUGAAACACUUAAAGGAACUAUAACAUAUGCUAGAACAGAGUAUGAAAAGACUCUUGAAGAAAUGAGAGAUUUGAAAGAAGACUUGAACAAAUCUAAAAAUCAAAUUGUCGAGCUAAAGAAGGAGGUAGAUAUCAAAAGCAUGGCUUGUUCUGUAAGCAAGAUGGCUUCAGAUGAAAUUAUUGCAAGUUUAAGGAAGGAAAUAAAUGUGGUGAAAACUAAAUUUGAAACAAAAUUAGAAGAAAUAGAGACAAAUAAAGCAAAUGUUGAAACAGAGUUAACAAAAAAAUCAGCAGAAAUGGAUAAAUUGAAAGGAGAUAUAAAUGUUCUUAGUUGUGCAAAUGACGAACUUAUCCACAAACUGCUGAUUUUAGAAGAUGCAGAAAAGCGGUUAGCUGACAAGUCAGCAGCAUUAGAUGGGUUAGUGAUCGAAAAGGAUAUGUUAAAAACUGAUAAUGCUGCUCUUGUUAAUGAGAUAGAAAACUUAAAAAGGGAUGUUUUGCAAGUAUGUGACGACAAUCAAGCAUUAUUAGAUGACAAUGCCAUUUACAAAUCUCAAUUAGUGGAGUUGGAAAUGAAACUUUCUGAAAAUGCACCAUUACAUGAAGAAAAUCACCACCUUCGUGUUCAGAAUGAUGACUUGAAUAACAAGAUAAACGAUCAGAAAGAUGUGAUAGCAGAGCUUAGAAAAGAGCUUGAAACACUUACAAUUGAAAAUGUUCAGUUCAGAAAUGAAGCAAAAGAAUUUAGUGUUUCGUUUGAAAGUCUGACUAAUGAAAAUAGUGCUUUGAGAGACGAAGGUAAUGAUUUAAAGAACUGCCUAUCUGAAAUGCAGAAAGUAGUAAGUCAGCUGACAGAAGAAAAUGUAAUGCUAAGAACUGGACAUGUUAAACUUACUGAUUCUAUAAAACAGUUGCAAAAGGACCUUGAAAGUAAAGAUGACACAUUAUUAGCUAUGUCAGUGGAACCAGGUAAGAAUUUGAAAUCUGAAAUUAAUCAAGAUCAUUUGAACACUAUGCAUGAAGAUGAGAUUUGUGAAUUAAGAAAUGAAGUACAGAAGUGGAAAACGACUGCAUUAGAAAUGUCAGCUCAAAUAAUUGCCUAUUCUGUGAUUAAGAAUGCUCAAGACAUUGUUCAGAAAGAUAAUGACACAAAAUGUGAUAAUGACAAUAAUGUAUUUUCAAAAACAGAAAAUAUUGUCCAAACUGAAGUGAAUGACACAGCCUAUGACUCCCUCCACCAAGGUUCGGUCGUUUCACAUGAUCUGGAUUCAGAUAUAGAAUUUUAUGUGCAAAAGAUUGAGAAUAUGGAGCUUGAACUUAACACAUUGAGAGAUGCAUUGAAAGAUAAAAGAUUAAUGUGUGAAGCAUUAGAAAAUCAGAUUGCUGUAUUGACUUGGAAAAACAAUCUGAAUUUCCCAGAAAUUAAACAUUCUCUGGCAGCAGAAGAAUUUGUAGAUGCUCAUACAACAUCUCGUCUGAGUGCAGUGACAAGAGACAAUGUGUCUGAUGUCCCCCUACGUAAAAAUUCUGAAGGAGCAAAUUACUAUGACAAUGUUGUGAUUGAACAAUCCCUGUUAAAAGCAGGGAGAAGUGCUGAUGAAAACCUCCAGCUCGACACAUUGAAGUCCCAGUAUGAGAACCAGCUGGAAAAUCUCCGUUCCGAAAUCGACCGCUCUCGGGAGCGACGACGCAGCAGAGAGGAUGAUGGGAAUUCAAAAGGCGACCAAUCAACGCAGCCUGAAGAGCCAAUCAAAAAGGUGAAGGAGCUAGGGGACUCUUUACCAAGCGAUCAGAAGCGUCGACUCGAGUCCCUGGUCUCGGACCUAGACCAGCAGUACCAGGCUCAGUUGGAAGAUAUGCAUCAGCAACAUGUGGUGGAUGUAGAUGAACAAGUCAAAGCAAUGAGGAGCACACUCGAGGAAAUCUACCACAGCCAGCUGGAGUUAAUGCGGACGGAGCUCGAGCAAACACACCAGACCUCCAUACUGGAUCUCCGUGAGACACUUGAGAAGGACCACAAAGAAGAAAUGAACAGGCUGCAACAAGACUACGGCAAGAAGCUAGCUCAGCUAGAGGCGAGCCUUGCUGCAGGGUGGCAUGCAAAGAAAGAUGGUCAAACUAUAGACAAGUCAGACAGCGCGGAUUUCAUAUCAAAAUUAAAUGAGCGACUCACAACAGAACACAGACAGAUUAUUCAGAGAAUAGAGUCAGAUCUGGAAGGCCGUGUGGGUCUUGAAACACAAGCAGAAGUUGCUGCCGGCAGUGUGGCUUCAGAGAAACAAGGUGUACUGAGGGGGAGUGAAGAUGUCCAGCGUACGUUACAAGCGCAGCUAGAUGAUAUCUCCGCAUUACGCGCCCAGAUGCUAGGGGAAUAUGAGCAGAUGUUGACGGUGCGCGCUGAGGUCAUGUCCAGCCAGUCGCAGGAGGUGGAGAAGCUUCAGCAGGAAAUGGCGCGAAUUCAGGCCCAGUACGAGGCUCAGAUGAACGAGUUCGAGUCCAAGAUUAAGUCUCAGACGGAGACCUUGGUGCGAGCUGAGUUGGGAGCCAACUAUGAAGAAGAGCUCGUCAGCAUGCGUUCAUUUUACGAGAACAAGGUCUCCACGAUGACCAUCAACAUGGAGCAGCUCAAACAGGAGCAUGAGCAACUUCUGGCGAGGCUUCAACAAGAGACCAGUGGUGGUUCCAACAGUGACCUGCCUUCUGCCAUCCCUACAUCUCCAGGCAAACAAAGAGACUAUGUGAGGCACACUACGAAACUGACGGCGAUAUCCGACGAGGAGGACGCUGAUUCUCCGCCUUCCACCCCACCUAAAUCAGAAUCCAGCCUUGAGUCGAAAAUUAAAUCUUUAGAAAAUAAACUUAAAGAUAAAGAGAAGAUAAUCGAUGAAUUGAAGAAGAGAGUUGAUGCAGAAACCAUAAGUGCUGAAGACCUGCAUGAGAAAAUGCUGGACUAUAAUAGAACCCUUGAAGAAAAUGAGGAGAAUCUGAGAGCUAAAACGGAAGAAAUACAGCAAUUGCGAAAGGAACUUACUGAAAAAGAUAGCAAAAUAAGUGCUUUAGUAAGUGAAAAGGCAGCAUUAGAGGAGAAAGGUGAAAAGGACCAAGAAUUUUCUGAAACUGGUGAUGAUAAACUUGUUGCAGUAUUGAAAAAUAAGGUUAAAGAACUUGAGCACGAAUUGUCUGUCAGUAAAGAGGCGAAUAAAAAAAUCAAAGAUGAGAUGGCUAAAAUGGCUGAUGAACAUGGUGUAGCAAUUAUGAGAAUGAAAGAAGAAUUGGAGAAGUUGAAUAGAGCAAAGAUUGAAGCGUUAGAAGCAGGGUUUAAGAUUCAGUUGGAAGAAGAACUGCAACAGCAAGCAGAUGAGAUGAAUGAAAAAUUAGAAAAACAAGAACUAGAGUUAGAGAUUUACAAACAAACUGAGUCAGAGCUUAAGCAACAACUAGACAUUAUCGAGACUGAACACAACAAACAGCUAAGAGAAUUGAAAGAAAAGUAUGAAACUGAAGCCAUUGAGUCUGAAAUAGCUGAGGAAGAUGAAGAUGAAGUCCAAGAUCAUCUGGAAGAUCAUAUUACAUCUCCUGCUGAGACUUUGGAUCAAGAAGCAAUUGAAAACUUACGUGAACAGAUCAGGGCUGAAAUACUACAAGAAUAUGAGGAGUCUAUAGACAAACUUAAGAAUGAGUAUGAAGAAAGAAUAAGUGAGUUGAAUGAACAGUUAGAAAACCUAAAGGGCCAAGAAAUUCCGCAAGAUGAUAAGGAAUCUAGUGAAAGUGAUGAUGAAAAAGAAGUGAGGGAAAGAUUAAGAACUGAAUUAGCCAAAGAGUUUAAAGAUAAAUUGCAAAAUGUGACUGAGGAAUAUGAAACAAAAUUGAGACAUUUGCAAGAUAUUGUCGAUGAAACUGAAAAGAAAGACAUGGAUACAAAGAAAAAACUGACACAAUCAUCCCCACCUUAUGUUCUAGCACGUUCAAGGUCUCUUGAUCGCAUUCCUUCUCAAGAAAGAUCCAAAGUCCCUCAAGACUAUGAGGGAUAUGUUUCCACUAUUCGCAGAGAAUAUGAAGAAAGGAUUAAUUCUCUGCAAAAAGAAAUUGCUCAGUAUAAAUCCACAGUGGGACCAGUGCCUUUGACUCCUUUAUUGCCUUUGUCUUUAAAACCUCAGGGCAUUUCACUAAAUGGUGAUAGCAUUAGACAUGAAAAGACCAAACCAUUACGAGCUUCCCCUGAAUCGGGAAUGGAGGCUUUGGGUAGUUCUUCAAAUGGUUCUCAUCAAGUGAGGAAUGAGAUUUACAAUGAGAUCUCUGAAGAAUUCACUAGAUCUUUUAAGAAUCUGAAACAAGACUAUGAGACCAGACUGGAAGAGCUGACAGGGAAACUAGAAGAGCUGCAGUCAGAAAGUGAGAGUCACGGUGGCUUGGAGAACAAGAUUCGUGAAGAGUAUGAGGACAAAAUUGCUGAGCUGAAGGAAGAAUAUGAACAAGAAAUAGUAAAAAUGAAAGUAGAUCAUGAAGUGGAAGUUACUGAACUUAAGGCUGAAUUGGAUAAAGCAAAGGCAGAGAAACUUGCAGCAGAAAAGAAGGUGAAAGCAGACAUGUUUGUAUGGCAUGAAGAGACAGUAUCGCAUUUAAAACACGAACAUGACAGGACUUUAACGCAGCUCAGAAAAGAAUAUGAGGAAAAAAUGGACCUAAUAAGGGAAGAAUUACAGGAGGAGUUUGACUCUGAGAGGCAGCGUAUAGAGAAGGACCACAGACAAGAACUUGUGGACAUGGAGGACAGAUAUGACAACCUUGUUGAAAGUUUGCGUAAGGGAGAAGUACCAGAAGUAGCCCAGCUUGUGCGUGAGAAGUACGACCAGGAGCUCGAGAUGGCAAAGUCUCUGAUGCAACAGGAGAGUGAGGAAACCAUGGAGUCUGAACUGGCACGAUUGGCUGAAGAAAAGGACCAAGAAAUGCAGGAGCUUCAGGAGAAACACGACAUAGAUCUCGAAAACCUACGGGUUGCACUGUUACAGCAAUAUGAGUCCCAGAUCGCCGAAGUAGAGAGCAAAUGCCAUGCCGCCAUUAGAGAAGCUCGGGCAGAGCUCGAGCAGUAUCAGAGCAUGCAUAGACCCGAGGAUAGCGGAGUGGAAAUGUCACAUUCCAGACCAGUUGACAUGGAAAAAAGCUACAAGGAAAGGACGGUUACAGCGCAGGAAUCUGUCGAUACUACUACUACUGAAGAUGUUGAGGAUGAAGAUAAGGAAAAAACUGUUACUGCUCCUGAUUCCUCUAGAGAUAAAUCUGGAAAGGAUUCGGAUGAUGAUAAGGAUGAUGGAAAAGGUGGGGCGAGGGUUGUGAGUAGCACGAGUGGUGAAACAUCGGAUCCAGCCCUGCUUAGUGAAGAGAAAGGUGAAGGUGCUUUUGAUGAAAACAAAGAGGUGGUUGAAAAAAUGGAGAAAGAUGUUUCCAGACAGCUUAAAGGUGUUAAAAAUAUAGAAAAGGGCGAAGACAUUCCAGACGGUACUGAGAGUGACUUGGUGCAACAACUAAGAAAGGAUAUAGAAAAUAAGGUUCGGGAGUACGAGGCCACUAUAGCCCAGCUGAAGGCUUCUCACGAGACGGAGGUGAGACAGCUGGUGGAAGAGUUGUCCUCCUUAGAGACAAACUAUGAGGCCAAGAUACACGACCUGCGCUCCACUCACGAGGCGGAGAUGAAACGGACAGAGGGAGAGAUGGAGAAAUUGAGAGACGACCUGGAUUCAGGGGAAGACAACACUGAGGCACUGGAGAUGGCACACCAGCAAGAGUUGCAAGACUUGGAAGACAGACUGGUACAGAAGCACAUGAAUGAGCUCAACAAUCUGGAGUCUCAGAACCAGUCGAAGCUGGACAGUCUGGCCCAAGAACAUGCCACAGAGCCAUUACCCCACCCACUUGUGAUCAGGCAAUAUGUACAAAAUCUUAUUGAAAAGAUGGAGUUGGCAGCUCUGAAAGAAAGACUCUCUGAGGCUCAGAGGGCCUUGGAACUGUACGCAGAUAGUCCCAGUCCUAGGGUCCCAAGUUUCCGUGGCGGCAGCACCCUGGGCUCCACAAAGGAAGUGGAAGACUUCAUGGUCCGCGAGAGUAAAUCAGAAACCGAGAGUGAGCUGGGUACCGAACCUGCCCACGAGGGAACCGAUGUGGUUACCAUGGAAACACAGGUGUUUGAUGCCCAUUCCGAGGAGGAGGUCUCUGAGGGCAUGGAGGAUAACUCCCUGCAGGGAACCCUGGACGACGGAGUUGGAGUUGUCUCCCUUGACACCUCAAUGGACCAGUCCAGAGGCACCCUAAGGGGGGUGGACACUACGGCAGACACGGAGCUCAUGCAGUUCUCGGAGGAGGAGGUUUCGGACAGGUCUUUGGACGAAGAAGAUGAGACGCAGAAAAGUGAUCGCAGUACCCCAGCGGCCAUGUUGCAGACCCUUGGAUACGAGGCCUUUGCACCUGGCGGUCCAACCGUGAAAUCCCUCGACGACACGACCGAUUCCUCUGUCAGGGCUUCCGAUAGGGAGGAUUUAAGGGCCAGAGUACGCGAGUUGGAGGCAGAAGUUGAGGAUCUCCGGUUGAGGCUCGCAGCCGAGGUGGACAGACAAGGAGACCAUCUGGAGAGGCUUGACAGGGAGAAACAGGAGGAGAGAAACCUGGUCUCCAUGCUGCGGGAGGACAUUGAGAGACUCAAUACCGACAGGGAUGCCCUUCAAACCACCAACGAGCACCUACUGGGUCUGCUAUCCGAUGCGGUUAAGACGUAUAUGACGGUGGAUGAGUCCAUCACGAAGAAGAUGAAGGUGAUCAUGGAGAAGUCAGCGGUCAAAGGUCAGCUAUUGCGUCCUGGCUCGGGAAAACGCACGCCCCCACCCCCUGGCAAGAAGUCGCCCAAUGUAUCGCCCGGACGACUGAGCCCGGCGAGGGCUGAGGAUGGUGAAAAUCCAGAAGAGACGAGUAUUUUGUCAAAUGUGACGGAUGAGGGACUAGAUUUAUCCCAGCGAAUAUCAGACAGCAUUUUCCAAGGUCCAGAACUAGCGUCCGAAGAGGAGGAACUCUUGAUUGAUUCGGGCAGCCGCCUGCGCACAUCGGUCAACCACCUACUGGACAUGAUCGAGGAGACCACCUCAGCUCUACUGCAGACGCGCACCACGCAGGCUGACAUGGCUGACGCUAUAGAGGGAAGGGGGGCAGAUGUCGACUCCCUCUCUGCUCGGUGCGGAGACCUUGAGGAGCGCCUCCAAGAGGAGAUGGAGCGAAAGGAUUUCCUGGCACUUGAACUGCAUAAGGCUGAAGGGCUCAUAGAAGGCUACUCUUCGGAGCGUGAAACUCUCGAGCAGCGAAUUCAGGAGCUCGAGGAGCAGAAGGAGACGCUCGUCUUGAGUCUCGAGACGAUGAAAAACAGAGUCCGUGACCUUGAGUCCCUGAAGUCUGAAAACGAGAAACUCAGACAAGAGAUGAAGGAGCAGCGAGAGUUGAUGACGUCGAACGUGGGAGACGAGGCUCAAGCAUCCAGGGCUGAAGUUUCCCCAACAGCUCCCCCUGUUGGCGGCAAAGCUCUGAUGCUAGAGGUGAGCCGGUUGAACUCUGAGAACCGGGAGAAGGAGGACGCGAUCAAGCAGGCCCACGAGCGAUACGAGUCUCGGGUCCGGGAACUCGAGACCAGCGGGGAGGACAUGGAACACCAUUACGGGAAACUGCUCGAUGACAAGAAACAGGAAGUGGCCGACCUGAAGCUCCAGGUGGAGGCGCUGGAGAAGCAGAUGAGAGCUAAGAAGCAGUUCCUUGAGGAGCAGUCUGCAGAACGUGAACAGGAGCAUGAGGAAUAUCAGCAAGAGAUAGAGAAGUGGAGAAAGGCUGUACAGGACCUGGAGAAACACAACGGCAAUGGCUCGCGACUGCAGACAGAGAUUGAUGAACUCUCAGAGCAGCUUCAGUCGAGAAUAGACCUCCACAAUCAGGCCUUGCUGGAGUCUGAACGUCACCAGCGCAUCGCAGCCGACAAGGACCUGAGCAUCAAGGAACUGAAAACACUCAUAGAGCAACUGGAGGCUGACCUUCAAGAGAAAGUGAAAGAGUUGGAAAUUGUGAAUGAGAAACUUCAGAAGCUGGAAGAAGAGUUAUCUCAGCGGUCCAACCGAUAUGAUGACCUCUCUGACAGCUCCAAGUCUGACCCCCAGUCCCUGCAGAUGGCGGUGACCAUGGAUACGGAGGGGUCGGGGGAGGGUCGCCUGGAGAGGUCGGGGCCACAGAUGACCGUGGAGGAGGAGAUGAGGCAAGCGGCCAAUAAAACGAAAGAGGAGUUGGUGCGAGAAAAGUUCACGCUACAGACGCAGGUGAAUGACAAUCUGGUGCAGAUCUCGAGUCUUCGAAACCAGCUGGACGAGAUGAGACAUCGUCGGGGCAUUGGCGAGACUCCCGACGCAGCCACGAGGCUCGAACUCGAGCGUGAGAAGUCUGAGGAGAAAGACAAACAGAUUGCAGAAUUAAAGCUACAAGUUGAACAGCUCGUUGAGACUAUAGAGAACCGUGAACAGCAGAUUGAGCAGCUGCGUGAACAUCGCACGCGCAAUAGGGGCUCACCCAUCGAGGGUAUCGAGUACGAACGUGACCGCGAGACUGAGCGCCAGAUUGAGGCCCUCAACAGGGAAAAUAAGCAGCUGAGGGAGAGAGUCAAACUUGCCGAGGCGUCGAGUGUGGCUGACAUGUCGGGGCUGUCACAGAACCUGAUUGACGAGAAGAAUCAGGAGAUAGAUCAGCUCUCUGAGGAGAUACUUCAGCUCCAGGCAGACAUUGCAGACCUCAAGGCUGAGAAGGGCGUGGAAAACCUGUAUGACGAGGUGGAAGAAUUACGAGAGGAACUCAAGCAUCGAGAGCGCGAGGUCACAGGGCUGCAGUCAGUGCGCGCUUCCUCUGCGUUUACCGACCACUCUCUUACCCCGGACUCUAGCAUUAUGAACGUGGGCGCAUCUUUUACCGAGAAGGCCAGUAUUCAGCAGGAAAUGGAAGAAUCAGUCGCCAAUAAGCUGGAGAAACUGGCCAGUUUGGAGAUAGAGUUGUCUUCCAUGAAGAGUGCUCUUCAGCUGAAGGAGGAGUUGGUGGUCUCCCUUGAGACUGAAGUUACCUCCCUUAGGGAAGAUCUUCAGUCAAAGGAUGAGCUGAUAUCGGCUCUACAAGAAAAGCCUGUACAAGCCCCCAACUUUGAGGAGCUCAGUCUGCUCCAGGCUGAGAUAGACGAGAAGGAGAGCCUCAUAGCGCAGAUCACUCUGCAGGUGGAUGGCUACCAGACCGAGGUCAACGAUCUCACAGACUUCCAGACAAAACUCCAGGAGGACUACGAGACUGUGCAGAACAUGCUGGAGGAGAAAUGUCGCGAGAUCGAGUCUCUCACCAGGGAACUCAUGGAGAGGAGUCCCGAGUCACUCGGCGAUGAGCACACUCUUGUUAUCAAACAUGAGGUGGAGAUAGCCAUGUUGAAGAAAGACCUACGAGAGAAUGGCAAUGUUGUUGAGGAGAAGAUGGAAGAGAUUGCUGAACUUACAGACAAAAUUGAACUCCUGGAAUCUCAUAUCACACAAUACAAGGACCAGGUGAAGAAUUAUGAUGAGCAGAUCAUUGAAAAGGAGAAACUCAUUAAAAAACUAAGAAGAGAGGCAGAGCAUUCUGCUGAUAAUUCUACCAUUACAGAAGAUGAGAAAUCUCAGCUGAUCAAACAACAGAGUGAAGAAAUAGAGUCUCUGAAAGAGCAGAUACAAAAGAUUCUCGGGGUGCCACCUUCACCCCCAAAAUCUCCUGAAGAGGAUGAAGAAGAACACUCCAGUCUGGCAAGUACCCAGAAGUCUGAAAUGGAGAAACAGAAGUUGAUCAUUGAGAGCCUGAGAACUCAGACGGAGUCGCUGAGAAUUCAGCUCGAUGCUGUGACCCUAGGGCGACCUCCAUCCCCGCCCACAGAUGAAGACGGGGAGAGUAAAUCUGACGUGAUUCAGAGGCUGAGAUCAGAGAUUGAGAAGCUGAAGCAGCAGAUUAUGGACGCUAAUCUCAGUGAAGAUGAUAAAUCUGUCUUGAUCAGAGAACUCAGACUUGAGAAUGAGACCCUCAAGAAACAGAUUGAUGCAGCCCUGAGUAUAAAACCGCCAUCUCCACCUUUAGAAGAGGAUGAAAAGGUGGUGCUCAUUAGAGAGCAGAGAAAGGAAAUUGCUAAACUGAAGGCAGAUGUGGCAGCUGUUGGGAAGAAACAGACAAGAGAAGUUAUUGUCGAUGAUGAAAAGGAUGUUUUGGUUGUGAAAUUAAAGGAAGAAAAUGAAAGGUUGAAGAACCAGCUCGAAGAAGCGUCUGAAAUUGCACCUCCUUUGCCACCAAUGACAGAGGAUGUUAAAGAUAAACUGAUUGAAGGGAAAAUACUGGAGGUUGAGAUGCUAAGGAAAGAGCUGGAAAAGAUGACUGAAGCCCUUGAGAGUGGAAAUGAAAGGCAGCUUGUUAAAGACAAAAUUGAAGAGACAGUAAGAUUGCAAACUGAAUUACUUGAAACAAGAACAAAACUUGAAACUCUUAGUACUAGUUCUGUGACGUCUUUGCGGGAAACAGUGAAAGAAAAGGAAAUUGUUUUAAGAGAAACUGAAGAAAAGGUGAGACAGCUGGAAGAAGAUUUGAAAUCUGCCAAAGAAGUCAGAGCCUACGAAGAUGAAAUUGAAUUAAAAGAGAAGCAAGAUGAAAUAGAGGAACUGCAAGCCGAAUUGGAAAGUUACAGAAGCAAGAAUGAAAGCAGUUUAGCUCAGAGCCUAGGUUCAGAGUUCUCAAUGUCUAAAUCAGAGCAUCAAGAAAUUGAAAGAAGUAUGUCCUUUUAUAAGGAACAGUAUGAAGAAAAGUGUGCAGAAAGUCGUGAACUGCAGGUAAAAUUAGAUCUUGUCAAGCAGCAGUUAGAAAAGGCCAGAAGCGAAAAAGUAGAGGAUGCUGAAGAAGAAAUAGAACUUUAUAAAUCUGAGCUUGAAAGAAAAACAAAGAGAACUGUUGAAGAAGUGAAAACUGAGAAACAAAAAAUUGAAGUUGAAAGGGAUGAACUGAAAAAAGAGUUAGUGUUUGUUAAAGAGCAGCUGGGAAAAUCUGACAAUGAAAAGAUCCAGACCUUAGAACAGCAGCUUGCAACUACCAAAGAUGAGCUAGCAAAGGAAAGAAUGGAUAGUAUUCAAGCUAUAAAUGAUAUCGAGCAGUUGAGAGACCGAAAGGAAAGAGAAAGAAGAGGAAGCUUGAAAACUAUCCAAGAGCUUGAAAGUGACCUGGAAGAUAAGAUUGCCAAAGAGAAACAGUUGAACACUCAAAUCAGACAACUUACAGAAGAACUGACUGUGAUAAAAAGACAGUAUGGAAUAGAGGACAAAUCUGAAAGCAGUGCUAGUCGAACAAGUCUAAAGUCUGAGGAACUUAAAUCUCAGGGCUCUUUUGAACUGGGCACAGAUGUAGAAACCCUACAGGCCCAAGUCAUUCAGUAUAAGCAACAUGCGGACAAGGCAAGGGAGAUCCUUACGGAGAAGCAAAAAUACCAGUCACAGGUGGUGAAGUUGGAGAUCCAGCAAGAGCAGUUGCAGAAGCAGAUGAAGACGGAAAUAAGCAGGCUAGAGGAACAAUUGAAAGCCUACAAAAACCAGCCAGACUUGGACGUUUGGACCCAACUUCAUGCCACUCAAGAACGCCUCGAGAAAACGUCAGAUCAGCUCUCUGAGACUUGUGACCGUUUGAAUGAGACUGAAGCAAACUUGAAGCAAGUUAGCAAGGACCUAGCAGGGAAAGAUACAGAGAUGCGUGACCUUCAGCAGGAUUUGUGGAAAACCUCCAGCCAGCUGUCUAUGACAAGUGCUCGACUUCAAGAAACGGAGGAGAAACUGCGUCAUGCCCUGGGUCAGGUGACGGAGCGCGAGGAUCAGAUCCACCAGCUGCAGGGUGAACUUCAGCACACUCAGCUGGAAGCGGACUGGUCGAAGAAAACCGCAAGAACCGUACCGCAAGAGGAGUAUGACAGACUCCAGAGGCAUCUGAGGACGACCCAAAAUGACCUCAAGGCUGCCCAACAGGAGGUCAAGGUCGCGCAGCAAGAAGUCGAGAGGUCACGAAAGGAAGGCGAGGUAGAAAAGUCACAGAAGGACGGUACCACCUCGAUCUCGGAGGAAGCCAAAAGUUUGCGAUUACAGUUGCAGUUGGCAGAAACUGAGUUAGAAGAGGUGAAGAAAAGCCUCAAGGAAGCAGUGGACAUGAGUGAACAGCAGGUGUCCCUGGUGGAGGCAAAGGAUGAAGAAUAUGUGAAACUGAAACUGGGCAUACAACAGACCAUAGGAGAGAAGGACAAAAUGAUCCGGGAACAGAGGAGCAAACUGAAGGAAAAAGAACAGGAGAUCACCAAAAUUACAAACGAGGUCAAGGAAAAGGAACAAGAGCUGAAGAAAAUCAAAGAACAGCUGACCAAGAAAGAAAAAGAAUCCACAAAAACAAGGGAGGAAACUGCGACCCAAGAUAACAGCAACACCAUAACUACUUUACAAGCUCAGCUAAGGAGUCAGGAGGAGGUAAUUCUUUCUCUGGAAACUGAUCUUAGCGACACUCGAAAUACCGUCCGAGAAAGGGAGAAAGAAAUAGAAGAUAUUCACAGAAGAAAUGCUGAAAUGCGAAAUGCCGAGAACGAAACUGUUGAAUCCAUGCAUCAUCAGAUUUCCCAACUCCAGUUAGAACUAGAAGAAUUGAGGUCAUUAUCAAAGGCUCAAGGUGAAAGGUCAAGUCCUUUUGAUGAACUGAAUGCCGAACGCUUUGAGAGAUUUGAUGAUCGUCAUGUUGAAAUGAGUGACCUUGUUCCAAGGAGACAGUCGCCUACAGAUGGAGCUGACCUUCGUAGAUCACCAGACCAAGGUCAGAGGUUGAUAAAUGCCAGACGAAGGUCUCCUGACACAACUGUCCUGGAAGAAGGUGGCAGUCUCCGGGAUCAAGAGGAUUCGGGUCACCAGUCCUUUGAGCCCAGUCUCUCUAGAGAAAGAAGUGCUCAAUACAGCCCAGAAGGUCAAAGUUUAUCACCACGACAACUGCGACCUCAUUUUGUAGACAACAAUGGUUCUGUUGAUUUCUUGAGACGCACCGAAUCGUCCAUAUCGUAUACGGCUGCUAGUGCGAGUCCACCAACCAGGGAUAAAUUUAUUGAACAAGGUCAGUCGGAAGGUCAAAAGUCAAGCAAAUCAUCAUCAAGGCCCUCACCUGUAGAUGGUGAAGUUCAGUUUGAAAAGGUUCAGAGGUCAUCAGGGUCAUCACCAAGGAGUCCAUCAAGUGCAGAAAUUGGCUUUCAGCAUGAUGACCUUUCUCAAGGUCCAAGGAGGUCACCAGCUGAAGGUCAAAGGUCACCGAACGGUAGCCAGAAGUCAGCAUCUCGUAGAAGUUCACCAAGGGAUGGCGAUGAUUUGGAAGGAAGAGAGAGAAGGAAAUCUCCUACCCGAAGAAGAUUCUCUGAUGAAGAUGAGCAAUCCUCUCUUAGCAAAAGAUCACCUAGCAACAGAUCACCUAGCAACAGGUCACCAGGAAGUGCUCGUGAAACGAGACAGACAGAUAGUUACUCUGUGGACAAUGAACAACUGGUGUAUGAAGUAAGGCCGUCAGAGGGAUUUUCCGCCUCUGAGCGCUACAUCGGGGAUGACGGUCAGUUGUAUGACCGUGACGGAAACAUCAGACCAAGGUACUCCCAAUCGGAACAGCAUUCCAGUCGUGAUCAUCGGGCGGCCGAAGGUCAAGGUCACACUCAUUCAGAUGCCGAGAAGUACAUUCAGCAACUUCGCAGAGAGCUUCUGAUUACAAAGACCGCCUUGAUGCAGAUUCAGCGCGGGGCAAGACUUGAAGACGGCGACAGUGGUGAGCAGCAGACAGAAAAUGACCUUUCAGAAGGGGUUCCUGAGGUUGAGGCUAGGUUUCAAGAGGUUUCCACUGAAAUGGGUGGGCCGAGGUCAAGGUCAAAUCUGGGUCAAGGGGAUACGAGGUCAGUUAGAAGUCCAUUGAGCAACCGCGCUGAUGUGUAUCAUCCUAUACCGGACGAGCGGGACAUCAACUAUCUGAGAUCUCUGCUGGAGAAAACGCAGGAGGAGCUUGAAAUGUUCAGGAACUCGUCAAAUCUGUCGGCCCGCGACUUUGUGCAGAAGGUGAUGUCGCUGAAGGACGAGCUCUCCAUGGAACAUCAGCGGCACAUUGAGGAGAUGACGCGCCGCUCUAGCGCCGACACUGAGACCCAGCUCGCCAGCCUGCGCAUCAAGUACACGGAUGAGAUCGAGCACUGCAAGCGUCUGCACGCCAAGGAGCUUCAGGAGCGUCUCAGCAACCUUGAGCAGAGGCUCGAGCGGCGCCACAAGUCAGAGACGAGCAAGCUGGUCUUGCGCCAUCAGGAGGAGGUUGGCACUCUGAGGUCGAGGGCUGGAAUAGAGUACGAUGAUUCUGUUCAAGAACGGUACUCACGACAACGUCAAGAUGGUGCCAGCGUCAACGGCGGGCAGUUGAAUGGACACACUUCUGAACCCAUGUCACAGAAACUUCAGACCAUAUUACGUCGUCUGCACACGGAGGGGGUCAACGUGCUGACGAUCUCCGAACUGGACCUGUUGAACCGCAGCCAGUCCCAGGGCGAGAUUCCCCGCAAUGCAGACGUUGAGUCUUUGAAGGCGGGCUUCGAGAACGAGCGCCAGUCUAUGAUCUCCACUAUACAGUCCUUGAAAGAUCUCCUGGCUCAGACACAUAAGCUCAGAGGACUUGAUAAGACUUUGGAAGGAUCUGAUUGGAGGGCCGAGCUCCUACGUGCAAUUGGCUACACCUUUGCCAAGGAACGAGAGGCCCUAUUGGCUGAAUUGAGAUCACAUGUCCUCUGUCACCCAUCAUCAAAUGUAGAUGAGGUCCAACGACUUGAGCAGAGGAUACGUAACAUGGAGUCUCACCACCACUCCGCACUGGAUCAGAUCUUCGGCGCGGACCGCCAAUCCAUGCUAGCCGAGAUACGAGACCUGCGCGCGCAUGCCACGAUAGCCCGCAUGCAGCACAACGAGGAACGCGAGCGACUCAACGAGAAGGUCGCAAGCCAUGAGGAUGCCGCCAUUAAGAAGGAACGCCAGUUGAAACGUCAAGUACAACUUCUCGAGUUUAAAAUCCAGCAAGAGAAAGUCUUACAGGACGACUUAAGAGCCAGUCUGGACUCUGAGCGUCAGCGUUGCAGCGAGCUAGCGACCCAGUUAAACCACGAGAAGAGCGCGAACCUUGACCUCCAGACGGCCAUUAACACGCUUCAAGGUCAGGUGGCGAAGUUACACGAGGGACUGGAACGGGAACAGAGCAGAUACGUUUCUGUUACGCUUAUGUGGAAUUCCUUAGUAAAUGCCUUGGAAGAGGAGAAGUCCAAGUCUCUCAACCUGUCUGACCUUCUCGAGUCCGAACGUCAGACGUUGUGGCGCGUGCAGGCGGAACUUGAGAUCCUAAAGCAGCAGCAGUUGCACAUCGACCCUCGUGCUAUACAGCAACUCAAGUCCGAGCUACAGUCGGAAAGGGACCAGCGGUGUCAAGCAGAGAGUCAGGUGGAGAUUGACUCCGUGACGAUACGGAAUGUCCAACAGGACCUCGAGAUGGCGCGCCGGCACCAGCAGGCGACAGAGGUGGAGCUGGCACAGCUGAGGCAGACCAUUGAAAGAGAACGGCAAAAACAGGGCGAGAUUACUAGAGCACUUGAUCGUGAGAGAGCCAGAUGCAGUCAUCUCCAGCAGAGCUUGGAUGUGGAGAAGUCACAGACAGAACGGCUUAACAACAGAGACCAGGUGGCGAUGGAGGACCUAAUCAUGCAACUGGACGCUGAACGUGCCAACGUUGAAGAUCUCCGCAGUGCGUACCAGCGCGAGGCUGCAACAAGGGAAGAAAUGACGUCGGAACGAAAUAUGCUCAAGGAACAUAUCUCCCAGGAAAGAGCCCUGAGUGACGAAUUGAAGACAGAACUGGAGAAAGUUCAGUUUGAGAGGUUGGAAGCUGUUAACAAACUGCAAAAAGAGCGCGAGCAGUCGACCCGCUUUAAGUCAGAGCGCGACCAGGUCACAGACGAACUGCGCCAGGUGAAAUCUCGUGAGAUCACGCUAAAUCAGGACCAGCAGACAGAGAAAGCAGCCAUGCGGAACAGCGUACGUGAAGUGGAACGCGAGAAGGAGGAACUCAGAAUGAAACUUCAUGAACAAGAGCUAGAGAACCAGCGAAGGUCCAAGAAGAUCCAGUCCCUUGAAGAACAGCUUGCAGAUAGCCAGGAGCACGAAUUGCGCACUGUGCGCGAGCUGGAAAAGCUUAAAAUAGAUAUGCAGACCCCUGUCAGCACUGCAGAAAUGGUCUCCGUUCAGACGUCGCCGCGUAGAGAGGAGCGCACAAAUGGUCACAGAGGCCCCGAAGAAUCAGAGGUGCGUGAACGGUGCGCUGUGUAUCGGUCCCAGCUAGAGUCCAUGUGUCAGAGCCUGCACUACCUCGUACUGCGGUGUCGGGAGCAGCUGCACACUGUGUCACAGAGUGGCCCCAGAACUUCAGACCUCCGGGACUUUGACGCGCUCCAGAAAUCCCUCCGUGACCUGCUGGGUGAGGUCAAACAGCUGCAGGAGAUGGAAGGCGACUUCCUGUCGCACCCUGCGAGCUCCGUGAGCGAGCGAAUCCUUCGGCACAACGAGGAGCUGACGGGCUUUGUGGCCCGCAUGAGCGAGGAGAAGCUUGAGCUACGGAACACGCUGUCCAGACUUGAGGAGGACAUCUGGCAGUAUCGCCAGCUGAACGCUGAAUAUGAGGCUAAGCAAAGAAGCAGCGAAGCCACAGACAGCCAACUCAAAGCCCAGCGGGCAGAAUGGGCAAAGGAGAAACUGUCGCUCCAGAUGGCGCUAAACUCGGCUGAGCGCGAAAUAAGUCUUCUCCAGACGGACCUUCGCGUUGAGCGGGAACGACGUGUGGCCGCAGGCAUCACUGAAACCCGGGAUAAUGAUAAAAUCAAGAUCCAGAGACUCUAUGGGAAAUACCUCCGGGCAGAAAGUUUUAGAAAAGCAUUGAUCUAUCAGAAGAAAUACCUGUUGGUACUCCUGGGUGGCUUCCAGGAUACGGAAGAGACGACGCUGGCGAUGUUGUCACGCAUGGGGGCGCUUGAUUCCUCGUACCGACCGGGUUCAAGACCUCGGCCCAUCACGAAACUGAGGGGUGCAGUACGAGUGGUGAUUGCUGUACAGAGAAUGAAGUUCCUGGUAAAGAAAUGGAGAAGGGCUACUAGGGUUGGCUCAGAAGUGGUGGGCGGAAGUGUGGACCAAACCAAUGGUUAUGUGCCCAACGCAGCAAGUUACUCGCCACCACGCCAGAAUUCAGCCUCGCGAAUUCCCGUCACGCAUCACCGAUCAUCGUCAUCACCUCCCACCCAGUCUUCAUUCCGCCAUCAGUCACCGUCGCGCAUGGGGGGACUCGACAGCGGGGACUUCCUGAGUCCGCGCUACGACACGGACUCGUAUUCAUCCACCUCGUACCAGUCCCCGCCUCUGCAGCAAACUCUGAGUCAUGUUCCCUCUACCCCACCCACCAAAGAUUACAGUAGCACGACAAAAUAUACCUCGCCAUCAUCUGGUGCUAGGAGAAAAAUUCUCAUGUCUUCGAGCAUUCCGGCCCCAACUCGAGUCCUGGGUGGGAACCAGGUUCGGUUCUCGAGCAGCAAUGACGCGGGGGCGGCUGGGUCACUUGGUGAAAGUGAUGACUAUAUAAGUAGGCUAGAGAACUUGCAGAGUCGGCUAGGAUCUAUACAGAAUGGUAAAAGAAGCAGCUUACGCCAGGCCUGGAGAUAGAUGUGUUCAGAGAAACAGCGCUUGCCAACAGAUGCUAGAUUACGACCCAGAUCCAGUAAAAAUAUUGUUUGCCUAGCGACAGAGCAUAUUAAAAAACUACUGCAGUGGCUUAACAACAGAGGAUUAUAUGCCAGUUAGUAUUUGGUCGCUAAGCAAUGAAAGACAACCCAGUAAGGUUGCCAUGAAGUUGCCAGUCAUAACAGUUUUUUGGUAACUAAGGAAGUUGAGUGUUGAUAACACUGUAACUAAGGAAGUUGAGUGCUGAAUACUUGGUUACCAAGAAUGUUGAAAUUUGAUGACUUGGUUAGCAUGGCAGUUGAGUGUUGACCAAAGGAGUUAGGUGUUGGUAACCAUAAUGGGGAAUAAAUUUGGUUACCAUGGAAUUAGUGCAUCUACUAGGAACAAAACUGAAGAAAUGCUACAUAGUUGUGAGUACUGGGACAAUUUUUGACUGGUGAAAUUAUAUUAAAUAUGUGAAAGGAAAUAGUGUAAGUUUGAACACUUUAUAUGUAUGCAGAUUUAGAUUUAGAAAGCGUGUUAAUUAUUUUUGUAGGUAGUGAAUUGUUAAUAAAACAGACUGUGAUAAUUUUUUUCAAUAGCACGGCUGCUCACAGGUUUUAUUUGAUUUGUGAUCAAUAACAUUGGCCUUGCUUUAAAGCGGUGACGGAGAUUUUUUUAAUUGUGUGGUUCAAAUUUGGUUUGAAUUUGAAAUGUACUAGAAGGUAUUAAUUACAUUGACUUACAUUCAUAUUGUCCUGUGAUUUUGCUGGUAAUUUUUGGCCUAUAUUUGGGACCAAAAGUUUUAUGUGUGUGCAAACAAAUGAAUACUAUGUACAUGACAUGACUCUGUAGGUUAAAAAAAUUGCCUUUACUGCCAAGUUUUAUGCCAUAUAAUAUGCAUCAUAUUGAUUUUCAUUAAGCAUGUUUUGAAUUGUGGCUUUGAUAUACAAGUAUGUUAAUGUGAUAAUUAUUUAUCAAAAUGAUGCAAGUUGAAUACAUGUUGUGUACAAUUUAUCAUAUUAAUCAAACUGAACCGUCCAUAUUUCUCUGAUGUAUAUAAUUAUUAUGUCAAUAUGUGUCACUGAAAACCAGAAUUUUUCGUAAUUAAUAUAACAUAGCGUGUAAAUAAAUUAUAUGCCUGUAAGAAAAGCAAGUUAGUGUAAUGUAUGUGUGAAUAAUAGGCAGUAUUUAUUACAAAAUUCUGAUUGUGCAUUUGGUUUUGCUUCAUGAUGAAUUUAAUGUUUGAUUAUAAAAACAACAACGUAAAAGUUCUUGUUACAAAACUCAAAGUACUUAGUGAGAAAGGCCUAGAUAAUAAGAUAUUCAAAUUAUGUUUAGUAAUAAUUCUUCAAAGUUAUUUAAUAUUUAUAUUUCUUGUUGUACUGUAAAUUCAGCCUAUUCAGUAUAAUUAUUUAAUUUAUUUUAAUACUUAAUUUCUUGAUUUUAACGUUUAAAUGUAAGCCAACAUGUUACAAUUCAUGAGUUAUUAAAUGUUAAAUGUGUUGUUU